AUGCAACUCACAAAUCCGGCCAACCUCGUCUUCCACCGGGAGGGUGGACUGCAGCUUACAGACAGGUUCAAGGACGGCGAGUGGCCCGCCAUAAACCCGGAGGACUGGAAGAAGGGGGGCACACCCAUUGCCAUCACAUUCUCUAGUGGCUCCCUCUUGGAAUCGCCAAUUCUUGUUCUUGAGCUCGUCCGACGAGAAGGGGACGCCACCGGACGGGUUUACACGGAUGCUGCGGGUCUACACCACUGGGUCCAUCUGCCGUCUUACGGUGUGAUCGACCCAGAGUCGUACUUGACAUGGCUUCGAACUAGAAUACCUGAGCAGGUGCGAGCUUGGGCAACUACAGCGAGCGCUGCUCAUCGGGAAGCCCUUCGCCUUGCGGACUCGGGCCUGGCACCUGAGCUACUCACGCUUUUAAGUUACGACUUUGGCAGAAACCAAAAGACGCGCUCUUCAUAUCUCACUGGGGCCAACGAUCUGGGAAUACCACCUCUGCCGAGAGAUUCGCAGACACUGCCUGGACGUAUACCCCUGCCUCGCAUUGUUACAGCACAAUGCGAUAACAUAUCGUCCAUCUACCUGGCCAGUCUGCUUGAGGAGCUCUUCGGCGAUGGCAAUGGUGCACUGAGCAAGAGGCUUCUUUCCAAAGCCCCUUUAGACACACACAUUGGCUAUGUUGCCCUCCGCAUGCUCAUACAAGGCACCAUCUGGAUUUUAGUCGAUAAAAAGCGCCGUGAUGUGCAGAACAACACAAACGACCCUUCGUUGGAGGUGCGUCUUCAAGGCAAUCUUCAGCUCCUUGUAUCCAAUUUCAUCCAAGUUCACCGCGGAACAGUCAGCUACAGCCUUGUCAGACAGAUCCUUUCAAGAGAGGGGAUGGCCUUUCACGGUGGCAUCGAGGCCGAGAAACAGCUCGAUCAAAUUCCAGAAACAGAUUCCUGGAAGAACGCGCUAUUCUGGCUUCCAGCGCUCGAGGAUCUGCUUGUGCAACCCCACCAGGUUCGCUUGGCAUUUGGGCUCCGCUGA